CUUCUGUUGUGAAGGCUCAACACUUGCGUGUCGACAUGCGUGCUAUAGAUGGCAUUGAUGACACUGCAAAAUGUCGAAGCUGAACUUGUGACCAGAGUGCCAAAGGAGUCUCCAAUUGCAGUUUCUGUUUUCAUCGCAGACUGGAGAUCAAGUGGAUUGACCUGUAAGGGUCCUCGGACCUGACUUUGGGAACCACUCUAUCUGGACUCCUCGGGAAGCUUCUGAGGACUGAGUGAAGGAAGUUGCAGCCCAUGUUAGGAAAUGUUCUCCCUGGGGCGCUGCUGCAGUCAGCUGGACAGAUCAGACUGUUGAUCGCACACAGGAUUUCUCUCCGGGACGGAUCAUAAUAAUCAUAUCAAUCAUUCACCAUCAUGGCUCAAGCUAAAAUACAGGCGAAAAUGAGCGACGCUAUGUGCAGUAAGUUCAGCAGGACGCUGUCCAUGGCAGAUCGCUCCGGACAACUCCUGGAAAGUUUGGAUCAGCUGGAAAUGAGGGUGGAGGCUUUACGCGAAGCUGCAUCGGCCAUGGAGCAGGAAAGGGAGCUCAUCCUGGAAACGAUCCAAUCUAUACAGAGCGGACAGGAACUGCGAAACAUCUCUGCCGGGGAGAAAGAAGAGUUAACUUUAACUGCAAACCGUCUAAUGGGCCGGACGCUGUGUGUAGAGGUCUCCGUUGGCACAAUCAGAAACUCCCAGCAGGAGGAGGCGCUGCGCCAGGCCACAUCUGUAAUCGAUGAAAUAGUGCAAAGGUUGCUGGAUGACAUGGUCAGCGGCCGGCAGCGGCUGCUAGCCCUGCACGCGGCCUGUGUGACCGAGGCCCCGCCCGUCCCCAUCGACCAGAAGUUUCAGGCCAUAGUGAUCAGCUGUGCUCUGGAAGACCAGAAGAAGAUCAAGCAGAGGCUGGAGACUUUGAUGAGAAAUGUGGCAAAUGCUGAAAAGAACAUCAAGAUUAUGGAUCACCAAAAACUGGAAGACCCAAAAGCCAACGGCUGUCAAUAAGAAACAUAAAAUGUGUCUUUAAUGCCACUAACCUCACCAAGAACUGUCGUAAUCCUGUACUUACUUUCUACAUGCAGCAAGACUAGUACGUAUGGGACAAUUACCAUGAUACUGAAUUUAAACGGUAAAGCACAACUCAUCCUGAAGGAAAGACUUCUGGAUAUAAUCAAGUUUUACCUUCAAAGUUAUUGUCAUUUAAACUGCUCUACCUAAUGUGCAUUGUUUGAUGUGUAUUCCCAGUUCACAAUGUGUGAUCACUUGCACUGAAGUAAGAUGGAAAGUACACAAUGGCAAAGAGCUCCAUUGGAGGUUUUGUCACAGUAAAGAAAUUAAAUGCACGACAAACAAUGAAUGUAAUGUUGAAGAAUCUUUUUUCCGUUUCAUUGUCUCACCUUUUCAAUCAGGUAACAAUUUGUUCACUACCUCUUUGUGUGAAGGCAACACCAAUCACAUUAAGCCGUGGAUUUUACUUCAUGUUUGCACAAAUCAGUUUUGAUGUCACAUUAUAUGUAAAAAAACAUAAAUAAAAACACAAGUGUUAAGGAGAGAAGUCUUCUGUUAAGGGGGGCCUAUUGCUGAAAGUUGUUAACACAGAUGACGAUGGUUUUUAAUUCAUGUUAAAUUAACAAUGCCAUAAUAAUCAUUUAGGGUAUGAAGUUAUAGACAAUGUCAACAAGGCAAUAGUAACAUAGUGCUAGUCUGCUAUACAUCUUGGUAAAUUUGACAAUUAAGUCUUAACUCAAGGUCUAACUUACUAACUUUUUCAGUAGCUUGUUAACUCUGACCUAAGCACAAUGUUUUUAAUGUAAAGUUUUGGUUAAAUUAAUGUAUUGCCAAAGGAAUAUUGUCAUUUGAAAUCACACACGGGAUGCUCAAGAACAAAGUAAAGUUUUAUUAAUGUCAGAUUACCAUGAACUUUACCCCCCAAACAUAAUCUUGGGUGCCCAGUUGUGUUGCACACUUAAAACAUUGAGAUACAUUUUUAUUUUAUUUUUUACUGUUAAAAAGCAAAAAUCCAACAAUGAGUUGUUUUUGUCAAGUCUGAAAGUAUAUACUAUAUGUUGGUUUGUCUAAAUGUGUGAACUUGAUUUAUGAAGUCAUGUGUGAAGAAGCAGAUCAACAGUAUGACACAAAGAUCAUUACACCUGAGUGACAGCACAUAAGUAUGGUUACUUUUAACUUCUGCUUCUUUAAGAUUAUAUGACAUUUGUAAUGUUAAAGUGCGCUAAAAUC